AGGAAUAGAUGUUGAUUCCCGUCAGAAUUAUCAAUCAAAACGGCGCAACUUGUACCGGCCGGCAGCCAGCCAUUGCCAGUGUCGUUCGGAAGCAGAGCAAAUCAUCACCCGUGAUGGUAAAACGUAAUGCUUCAAUCGUUCGUGGCAAACCUUUAAUCAGUAUUGUGCGAAUUUACAUCACAAUUGGAUCCUCACGGUGCAGCCCGAAAGCAAACAGGAGAGCAACGUGACAGUCUCCCAGCAUGGUGACGAUAAAGAACGAUAUCGAAAGCAGCGGGUCGUUCCUCCCAACCACCCAGCCAGAUAAGGAUGUGAAUCUCAGAGACCAAGGGGUCAAACCACGCCGCCGACGGUCGUACCGUUGCACAGCGAUUGUUUUGGUUGUAGUUUUGCUGCUGAUGGCGCUCGGUGUCGGCGGUAUACUCUUUUUCGGGCCAGCUGUGAAUCGAAUCCCACUGGAGGCCAAGGACGGAAUGCCGAGUUCGACGCAAAGAACGCUGGUAGCAGAAGAACCACCACCACUGCCACCGUCGUUCGCCGAUCCGUUCGAUAGGACUUCCGACGGCCCGCAGACAGCCGUCAAUCCAACGGAUGGCGUUGUUGAUGAUGAUGAGUUCGACAUUGAUGGACCGACGACGGCGGUGCUGGUUACGUCGUCGGUUCCAACUACGACGAAGCAGACAAUGCUGUGGAUCGACAUAAACAGCGGAUUCGGCAGCGACAGCGAAGACGAUGACUACUACAGUGAAGAAUACGGCAGUGGUUCAGGCUUCGGCGAACUGCGAGAUUCGUGAAGUGAGCAAUGAGAAAGUCACGUGCAGUGAAGGUUAGCUGAAAUUUCUGUGUGAUAAUGAAUUAUUGCGAAGAAGAGUCGUUUCAUGUUUCUGUGAAGAGUAUGUGUAUAUUAGAAUUAGUUCUUCGUAUUUAUUAUAUGCGUCUUAUAGCUGUUCGAACAAGACAAGAUAAUGCUAAUACUCUUGAUAACGAGUGUGUUUUUUAUAAAUAAAGUGUUGAAAUUUUUGUUCUCAAUCCAAUAAAAGUAAUUUACAUCGUCCGGCAAAUAUACUCAUUGAAACCUG